AUGGGUUUUUCAGACACUUCGCCACGUUUACCAAUCACCGAAGAUACUCGAUUCUUAAUCUUACACACACCAAAGACAUUUAAUAAAGUUUCACCUUUCAUAGUUCAAAGAUUGAUUUCUUCAUUUAUUGGUGAUGUCAAAUCUACUAAAAAACUACCGUCCGGGGAUCUCCUUAUUGAGACCUCAUCAAAAACACAGAUUGCUGCGAUGCAGAAAUUAACACAACUUGGAGACUUCCCUGUAGAGGUAACUCCUCACAGAACACUGAAUUUUUCUCGAGGAGUCAUCUCCGAUUUAGAUCUUUUUGACUGUUCGGAGAAUGAACUCAUUCAGGAAUUGCAUUCCCAAAAAGUUUGUGCAGCUCAUCGCAUAAAAAUUAAACGCAAUGGUUCAUUCAUUCCAACAAAACAUGUCAUUCUAACUUUCAGUAGCCCGGAACUUCCAAAAUUUAUACGUGCUGGCUAUAUACAAUCCAAAGUUAAACCAUAUAUACCAAAUCCUCUGCGUUGUUUUAAAUGUCAGAGAUUCGGACAUUCGCAGGGAACUUGUCGUGGCAGCCGUCGAUGUGCCAAAUGUUCAGUUGAUGAUCAUGAAACUUCAGUUUGUAGCACACAGACCUUCAAAUGUUUAAACUGCUCUGGGUCCCAUCCUGCGUAUUCCCGUGACUGUCCUAAAUGGAAAACGGAAAAGGAAAUUCAAAGUCUGAAAGUUAGAAGAAAUAUUUCAUACGCAGAAGCGAAAAAAUUGGUUUUAGACAGAACACCCAAACCUGGCCUUACUUAUAGUGCCGCCAUAAGUUCAACAUUGAAAUGUACUAGUUCUCAGACCGACUUUUCAGAUAUUAAUGCAUUGAAAACCUGCUCCUGUAAGCAUUCAGCUCUUGAAUCAGUAAAGAGCAAUAACGUACAAAAAACUGAAAACAAUCGAAAUUCAGCCUCUACUACUAAAAAAUCUUCUCAACCCGUUUCUCAAUCUAAAGAUUCAGAAUUUUCUUUAACUCGUUUCGCUAAGAAGAAACGAAAGAAAACAAAAUCUCCUCCAAGUGCCAAAACAUCUGACAAUGAAGUCCCUCCUAAACCUCCAGAUCCUUCUGAUAUACCAAUUACUUCAGACUCUAUCUUAGCAAUUUGUCCAUCUACAUCUGAUAUAUCUGAUGUAGAAAUGGAUAAUUUUCCUAAUAAAUCGCCUCCAGGCGGCCAUGCGUAA